GGGCGAUAUGCGAGAUUGCCUGCAUGUUUUAUUGCAGAAAAUAGGUUUCUACAAUCUCUUAUUAUUGUGAAUGUGUUCAAACAAUUAUUUUUGUAGAUAAAAAGUGUUGUGUUCUAAGAUAUAAAUUUGGAUAAUUAUGCAAUGUUUAUGGUAGAGAUAAAGAACUAUUGUAGAUUUUUUCUAUAUGUUCUUUAAAUGGAUAACUGAUUGCGGUGAAUUUGAAUAAAUAUUAUUUGAUAACUUUGUUACAGGAAACAGACUUACAAACUAUUGCUGGUAUUUGUAGAAUUGGAGGGGAAACGCUGCUCAAUAAUACAGUUCAGAUAUUGAUGGGAAUUACGAAAUAUCAAUAGGCGAAUGCUGUUCCAGCACCAUAGAUAAAGAAUGAGAUAUUUCAGAAUUAUUUGAUCACCAAGGAUUUGUAGUCCUACUGGGAGCUUUGCGUGCUAUGCCAACAAGAUAACAAUUUGUAUGAAUAAAAAUCUGGAUAAAGAAUAAACCUGUGUUUUCUGCAUAACGUCUGAUCGUAGUCUAGAUUUACAUUCUUAGAAAGACGUAAAGUCAUUUAAGUGUAAAUGAUAAAACAGUUAAAGUUAGAAGUGUUAUAUCUAAAAGCGAUAUAUGAUAACUAGAUAAUGUGUUACAAAUUCAUUAUUUCAAACGCUUUUUCUCACGAAAGAAUAAGUACAUUUUCAUGAUGAAGUGGCGAUUUGAUAAGUUAUAAAAUUAUGAGUACAAAUUGCUCAAUUAUUGGUAAAGUAGUAAUGGGAUUUAAAUGGUUAUGGUCGAUUAUUCAGCUAGGUCGCAUUUUGAAAGCAUGAACUAUGUGCACUAUAUCUGGAUCCUUCUAUCCAUUCUUGUGUCUGUCACAUGUUCGUUUUGUUUCCUUCAACCAGAGUGGAUAAUACAUCUAAAUGUUCGGAACGCGUUUGGAAUAUAUGCCUUCUGUGUCGGUAGCGCAGGAUCUGCCCAAUUCUCACGAACCUGUGGAUUUUAUGGCGGACGCUUUGGAUUCGGAAACAUUCCAUGUACAAUUUGGCAAGCAGCGUGUUUGCUGUAUGGAGGGGGAUCAUUGUUCACAUGUUUUGGAGCAUUAUGUUCCCUCACAACAAUGUGUGUACGAAAAAGCUGGAAUAAAACGUUGGUACUUUCCACAAGAUAUCUACAAAUAUCUUCAGUGUUCUUGAUGACCUCUGGCCUUCUUGUUUUUCCACUUGGAUUUGACUCCAACUACUUUCGGUUGUACUGCGGCACAGGCGCUAAUGUUUUCAACUCGGGAAUAUGUCACGUUGGAUGGACAUACGUUCUAGCUAUAGUGGGAGCGGCAAUUUCUAUAUUUUGCCCGAUUCUGUCUUAUUUUAGUGCUGAAGAAACAUCUCAAAACGAAGAGUUUGACUUUAAGAUAUAGUGUCGUGAAAUAAUAUAUGCAUUGUAAGUUAUGAUCUCUACGCAAACCUUUGUAACUGCCACACUUCAGAAAGACAAUUUCUAAUAUCAAUUUUAACAAUGGUUUGUUUUUUCCGAAAUACGUUUUAGCAGUAAGGGUAAUUUGAACAAGAAGUAAUGGGUACAUCCUAUGUGCUAACCACCCAUUCAUCUGAAGCGGUUUUCUCUUACGUGCUUAGAUUAGAAAACGUUUGAUAUGAUACCAUUGUUGACUUUUUAUGAUACAGUUGUAAAACUAUCAAUUUAAUUUUUAUUUGUAUUGUAUGUUAUUUUAUUCCAUUUACUAAUAGUAUCAUAUUAACCAUUUUUUCAAUACACUGCAUUCAAAUUUUGCAUUUAUUACUACUGAGUCAAUUAUUAAAUACAAAUGAUUUAUUUAUGAAUGUAGAUGUUACAACUGUAUUGGCUUGUCGGAGACUUAUAUUCAAAUUAAGAUGGAACUGACGUAUUGCAUACGCGAUUGCUGAACUGAUAGCUUAUUUGUUGAUUAAAAGAUAUGCACUUACUUGUUUUGUGUACAUAAAAUGAUGCUUUGAAUGCAAAUAUGAAAAUGCUAAAUACGUAAAGAGCUUUUCAAGAUUGCCGACUUUAUUCCAAAUAUUUAUAUAAAUUGUUUUUGUUUCGAAAUUUUAUGCUCUAUGUUGAAACAUUUGUUUAUUUGCUGACGGUUAUAAUCUGAAAUAAAAAA